CGCUAUGAAACAAGAGCACCAACGUACAGAUAGGGCCAGUGCUGGUCAAUGGAUGCCUGGUUCGUUGGCCACCUCCACCACCCAGGCAGACGCUCCGAAACAAACGGCAGAAUCUCCACUCGAUGACUCAAAGUCCACUGCCCAUUGUCUUUCCUUUGUCCUCCUCCUGCUGCAUUCUUCGAUGAGACUCUCUCUCUCGUCUCAACCAAUCAAACAAUUUUUUCAGUCAAUGGUGUAUCGAUCUGUUGAAUGUGAUUGACAGUUUUUUGAGCUCCCAUUUAUUGACCGCAAGUAACACACACACAGAGAGAGAGAGAGAGAGAGAGAGGGGAAACGAGAGAGAGCUCCCUAUGCCUAACGGAAGUGGGUCUGCCGUUGAAAGCCAGAAUUUGCUUAGCACACCUGCCCAAUGGGCAUUGGCCCUUCUCUACCGCUCGUGUCCUCGAAAGGCUAUGCAGUUCUUCGAGCAUGUCAGGCCCUCCCUGCAGUUUCUCAUGCCUCUGUUUCUUCUUAUGUGGGCAAUAGAACGAUGGAUCCUUCCCUCUUCCAGUUUUUUGCUGGUGGCCUUCGUGGUCUGGGCCACUCUUCAGUAUGGAAAUUUUCAACACCAGAUACUUGCUGAAGAACUUAAGAAGAAGUGGAUACAUCUUUUGUUAAACACAACGCCUACAACACCUUUGGAGUCAUGUCAAUGGUUGAAUAAACUCCUUGUCCAAGUUUGGCCAAAUGUUGUGGCUCCCAAGCUGUCAAAGCAUUUUUCUGCUGUCUUGCAGAAACACAUAAGGAUACGGAAGCCAAAGCUUGUUAGAAGAAUCAAACUUCAAGAAUUUUCUCUAGGUUCAUGCACACCUAUAUUAGGAAUGCAUAGGACACACUGGACAACUGCAGGAGGGCAGCAAGUUUUACAUAUGGAUUUUGAAUGGAAGACAAACAACAUGUGCAUAAUGCUGGACACAAAGUUGGCAAUGCCUUUCCUUGGGACAAAACAGAUUCUAAUCAACAGCAUUCAUAUUAAGGGUGACCUUUGUGUUUUGCCAAUACUAGAUGGACAAGCUAUUCUUUAUUCAUUUGAAACCACUCCAGAGUUGAGCAUCGGAAUUGCAUUUGGAAGUGGAGCAACUGGAGGAGAUCAAGAACUUCCGACAUCUAAAUUGCCCGGUGUCUCAGCUUGGCUGGUUAAAUUUCUUACUGAUUUGUUGGUUAAGACAAUGGUCGAACCUCGUCGCAGAUGUUACCCUUUGCCACUGACAUCCGACAAAAGAACUGUUGUUGGUGGUACAGUUUCUAUUACAGUCAUUUCUGUUAGUAAUCUGCUCAGAGCUAACAUAAAACGACAGAAAGCUUCCCAAAGUCAUGGCUCAGCUGAACUUGAUGGAUCUUCAGAUGGUAGUGCUAAUGAUGGCCUGCACACAUUUGUUGAAGUGGAGCUUGGAGAUAUCUCACAAAGGACAGAUGUAAAACAAGGCUCAAAUCCAAACUGGAAUGCUAGCUUUGAGAUGGUGUUACCUGAAAGUUCAAGCACGUUGCAUGUGCAUCUUUAUGAAUGGAGUCCAACCAACAUGAAGCUUGACUGUCUUACUAGUUGUGAGAUAAAGAUGACCCACGUUGCAGAUGAUUCAAUAAUAUUUUGGGCGGUAGGAUCUGAAUCUUCUGCAAUAGUUAAACAUGCUGAAUGUUUUGGUAAAGAGGUUGAAAUGGUUGUUCCCUUUGAUGGUACUGAGUCAGUGGAGGUAACUAUAAAACUGGCGCUGAAAAGGUGGCUGUUUGCUGAUGGCUCCAACAAUUUAGAGAAGUCCACAUUAAGCUCUGAAAUGACCACAGGUGGCUCAAAACAACUUUCUCCAACAGGCAGGAAAUUUAAGAUCACCAUCAUAGAGGGAAGGAACCUUGCAUCAGUGGGCAGACCAGGAAUGAGUAGUACCUAUGUGAAACUACAGUAUGGCAAGGUUCUUUACCAAACAAGGACACUCUCUCAUGCUGUAGACCCCAUAUGGAAUCAAUCUUUUGAGUUUAAUGAUAUUGGAGGUGGUGAAUAUCUAAAAGUAACAUGCUAUAGCUCUGAUAUAUUUGGAGAUGAUAGUGUUGGAAGUGCAAAAAUAAACUUCGAAGGUUUAACUGAAGACUCAACAAAAGAUAUAUGGAUUCCUCUGGAAAGAGUAAAUACAGGAGAACUGAGGAUUCGGAUUGAACAAGUGAAAGAUGGAGACAUAGAAGAUUCUCAGAGUAAAAAUGAAGGACGAGUGGCUGGUGUAAUAGAGCUUGUUCUUAUUGAAGCAAAAAGCCUUAUUGCUGCUGAUUUAAGUGGCACAAGUGAUCCAUAUGUUAAAAUCCUUUAUGGGAACACACACAGAAAGUCUAAGGUUGUUCAUAAAACACUCAAUCCCCAGUGGAAUCAAAAGUUUGAGUUUCUUGAGACUACGAGUCACCUAGAGCUGCAUGUAAAAGACCAUAAUAUUGUUCUCCCUGCAUCAAACUUAGGAAAGUGCAUUAUUGAAUGUAACAGCCUGCUUCCAAAUGUUACACUUGAUAAAUGGGUACCUCUUCAAGAAGCCGAAGCUGGAGAAAUCCAUGUGCAAAUUACCAGGAAAGUGCAUGAACAGCAAGUGCAAACUGCUGUUGAACAUGGUUUUUCAGUAUCCAGUAAGGCACUCCAAAUGUCUCUAAAGGUGCAAGAAGUUGUAAAAAAGUUUCAUGUGUUGGUGGACAAUGAGGAUCUUGAUGGGAUAUCAAUGGCAUUGAAUGAGAUUCAGCAGGUGGAGGAGGAGCAGGAAAAGUAUAUGUUGCAGCUAGAAAGAGAGAAAAACUUGCUUCUCUCCAAGAUUAGUGAGCUGGCGAAGGAAAUCAACCAUGCUGUCUUGGCAUCUCCAACAUUACAAUUGUAACAUACGGGAGGCCCAUUUUUCUGUAUAGUAAUGAUAGCAGCAACUAUUUCUGCGUGUAUCUGUAUGUUGGUGUACAUUUACGCGAGGAUUUAUAUAUGCAUAUUGCAUAGAUAUUCGCUCC